CGAGACAAGGGAAGAGCGAGAUGAUAAGAAAUAGGUGGUGGAAAAAGAGUCCCAGGACACUACUGUAGUAGAUAUUUAUGGGUGUGCUAACGCCGUCCCUGACCUUCUUUUUCAGGCAGUCCCAUAAAAUUCGGUCUCUGGGAAACGCACUGAUGAUCAGUGACCGAGAAGGCAGUGAUGGCAGCUGAGUCCACAGCACAGGCGCCGGCGCAGCCGCACUUCGUCCUCGCCCCUCUCGCGGCGCACGGUCACCUCAUCCCCAUGGUCGAUCUCGCGGGCCUCCUCGCCGCGCAUGGCGCACGCGCCAGCCUCGUCACGACGCCGCUGAACGCCACGUGGCUGCGCGGCGUCGCCGGCAAGGCCGCGCGCGAGAAGCUGCCCCUCGAGAUCGUGGAGCUCCCGUUCUCGCCGGCCGUGGCCGGCCUGCCGCCGGACUACCAGAGCGCCGACAAGCUCUCGGAGAACGAGCAGUUCACGCCCUUUGUCAAAGCCAUGCGCGGCCUCGACGCGCCCUUCGAGGCCUACGUGCGCGCUCUGGAGCGGCGCCCGAGCUGCAUCAUCUCCGACUGGUGCAACACGUGGGCCGCCGGAGUCGCCCGGAGCCUCGGCAUCCCGCGGCUCUUCUUCCACGGGCCGUCGUGCUUCUACUCGCUCUGCGACCUCAACGCCGUCGUGCACGGCCUGCACGAGCAGAUAGCCGCCGCCGCCGAUGCCGACGACGAACAGGAGACCUACGUCGUGCCCGGGAUGCCGGUACGUGUGACGGUGACGAAGGGCACGGUCCCCGGUUUCUACAACGCUCCGGGUUGUGAAGCGCUCCGUGACGAGGCCAUCGAGGCGAUGCUCGCCGCCGACGGCGUGGUGGUGAACACCUUCCUGGACCUCGAGGCUCAGUUCGUGGCGUGCUACGAGGCGGCGCUCGGCAAGCCGGUGUGGACGCUUGGCCCGCUCUGCUUGCACAACCGGGACGACGAGGCCAUGGCUAGCACGGACCAGCGCGCGAUCACCGCGUGGCUCGACAAGCAGGCCACCUGCUCCGUCGUCUACGUCGGCUUCGGCAGCGUCCUGCGAAAGCUUCCGAAGCACCUGUCCGAGGUCGGCCAUGGCCUCGAGGACUCCGGCAAGCCGUUCCUCUGGGUGGUGAAGGAGUCGGAAGCUUCGUCCAGGCCGGAGGUGCAGGAAUGGCUGGACGAGUUCAUGGCGCGAACCGCGACGCGCGGCCUCGUGGUGCGCGGGUGGGCGCCGCAGGUGACCAUCCUGUCGCACCACGCCGUCGGUGGCUUCCUCACGCACUGCGGGUGGAACUCGCUGCUGGAGGCCAUCGCCCGUGGCGUGCCCGUGGCGACGUGGCCACACUUCGCCGACCAGUUCCUGAACGAGCGGCUCGCCGUGGACGUGCUCGGCGUCGGCGUGCCGAUCGGCGUGACGGCGCCGGUGAGCAUGUUGAACGAGGAGUACUUGACAGUUGAUCGGGGUGACGUCGCGCGGGUGGUGUCGGUGCUGAUGGACGGCGGCGGCGAGGAGGCCGAGGAGAGGAGGAGGAAGGCCAAGGAGUACGGUGAGCAAGCUCGAAGGGCCAUGGCGAAAGGAGGCUCCUCGUAUGAGAACGUUAUGCGGCUCAUUGCGAGGUUCACGCAAACUGGAGUGGAAUAGGAUAUCGCGUUAAUCUCACAAUGAGACGAUGAGCUUUGAAGUGAACAAGGUUUAUCUGCCACUACUUUGGAGGAUUCUUUAGUUAAUUCGACGACUGUUCUUCAGUUUGCGACAAAUGUGUUCCUCGGCAUUGUGAUUCUGCUCCAAUCAAGGGAAGGGUAUGACUAGUACAGAGGCUCGCGAACAAACGAUAUAUAUAAACGAGGAGAAUCAGUUCAUGGCCUAGAGUGGCUACAUAGUAAGACUGCUGAAAGGUCGAAAGAAUAAAUGAACUUCUCAGCUCAUAUCUUCCUAAAGGAUCAAAUCUAUAGGUGCGGCAGAAUGGCUCCAAGCCCAACGACGAACUGUAUUAGAGCAUGGCCAAUAGUAUAGCCAACAGCUGACUCCACUUAUAUUAUUUUAUAGCUAAUAAAAGAUAACUAGUACAAUAGAUUAGCUCUUA